CAUUAUUAUAGUUGGAAUCGUUUGAUUUUUUAGCUUGACUAUUGUUGUAGUUGGGGUUGGAGGAUUCUUGUAGGGGAGGGUCCUCCUGUCUAUUGUUGUUUUCUCUUGGCAUUUCUCGGUUAAAAAAAAUUAAUAUAUGAACUUCCAAGCGACCCUAAAUUAACUCAUCAACCAACUACCUAGAGGUAAAUCGGUUAACCAACACAACAUAACAUUAAACGAAAAACCUAUUGUUUUUAUCGAUGGGGCUUUCCACAAGCAUUGCAAACGAGGUUAAGAACGACCUCCUUCGACUCGGACAAAUUGGAGUGCGAUGUCAGCUCGACGUGCUUAUAGGCCUCAUGUACGAACCUCAACAGGGCGCCGCAAUUGCCGCACUUCAAGGAAACUCCCGUAAUUUAUCGAUCCACCAAUCACUAGGAACAUAAGCUCCCCGGGACUUCUAAACUUUGUCUGCGACGAACAAAUGCGGGAGGCUCCGGGUGGAGUUUAAAGAAUUUUGGGUUUUUUUUUGUCAUUAGAUCACUCUCAAAGAGUAUAGCUCACAAUAGAUACACAGGAAACCAAGCUAAGGAAAAGAGGCCGUCUAAAGACUGAAUACCCAGCUCAAAGUCGAACCCCUUAACAUGAGAAUUCGAGCUUUUUGAUCUAUUGGACUUGGAAGGAUUUAGAUCGUUGUUUGAAUGCCCAAACUCGUAUUGGAGUUGGUUUCAGGGAGGGCGAGUUCUUUUGCUUAUUCGAGAGGGGAGAUUUCCUUAUCUUCGGAAUCGAUGGCGGCCGUGGGAGGAGGAGAAUGCUGGUCCUCCUUCUCUUAUUUAUAUUUUAUUUAUUUUAAUUUGAAGUGUUAUUACUAAUUUAAUAGAUAAUUAUGAAAGUUGAUUAUCACAUCAGAUAGAGAGGACGGUCAAUGAUCAAAUCUAGAAUAUUAAGCUAAUUUUAAUCAUCCGAAUGGGAAAAAAUAGUGACUUUCAUAAAAAAAAUAUUUCUAUUCAACAAGUAUGAAACAUUUUAGUAAAUCUAGUGAUAGGUUCAAACUUACAAUUUACCCUUCAUUCAACUCUAACAUGAGCUUGAAAAUAUCCGACUCGCAUGAAAAAAGAAUGAAAAGAAAGAUACAAAUUACGAAUCCAGCUAGUUAUUUAACUCCAGUUUUGUGUUACAGCAGAAGAAGAUAAGGAAAACACAGGUACUCUCCUCUCACAUUUCGUAAAUUAUUCCUCAAAUUCCACCGGAUUAGGAGCUGCUUUUGAAGAUCGAUUCAGGCCUCGGGAACCCAUUAGCACGGGAUAGUAGUUCCUCCCUCUGCUUCUCCAGCAGCUUUGUCUCCCUCGUUCUGCGAGGCAGUAUGUCUGCCUUUUCUCUGGUUUGCUAUAGUCCAUCUUUAUAUACCAAAGAGAAGAACUUGGGAUUUUCCAGCGUGAAGUCGAGACCUUUGAGGAGAUAUGGCGCAGCUGUGUCCCAUUUUUCGAUUCCUUCAGUACAUUUUUGUGGAAUUAGCAAAACCCAGAUAGAUUCCCCGAACAGCAGGAAAUUAGGGUCAUUUUAUAGCGAGCGCAAUGGAGUUUCCCUCUUGGGGUUAUGUCCUUGUGGCAAAUCUCGUCAUGGGUUUUCUUGUAGCAUUAGAAUUGGGGCAUUGGUCAAGGAUAACAAUGGAGGUGACCAAACUCAGCUGAAAAGAAGGAAUAGGGAUGUGAGAAGAAGGUUCUCGUUGAGACUGCGCCCCAGAUUGCGGCUGUUGUCCAUGAGGUUGAAGAGAAUUCUGAUUAGGUCAGCCUUGGGCAACUUCAUUUUGUUUCUUCGAAAGAAUCCCAAAAGGCAGGCGCUUUAUGCUUCUUUUUCUGUUGCAUUGGGAAUGCUCUUCUUGUUUCUGAGACUGACAUCCGUGCCAUCUCCUAACGUUGUUCCUUAUUCCGACUUGAUAUCGUGCAUCCAAGAAGGUUCUGUUACAAAAGUUCUACUCGAAGAGGGGUCUCGUCGGAUUUAUUACAACACUGAAUCGCAAGGAACUGGGAAUGGUGAUAAUUCUCCAAUUGCUGUAGAAAGUGUCACUGUUCCACAAGCAUCAGGUGCUACUCGGUUAGGGAAGCUACUGAAACCUCGAGCAUCGACACCUAAGUGGCAGUUUGCGACAAGGAAAAUAGACCAUGAUGAGAAAUUUCUGCUUAGUUUAUUGAGAGAAAAGGGAACAACCUAUAGCUCUGCUCCCCAAUCGGUUUGGAUGUCGAUGAGGAGUUUGCUGUUAACUAUUAUAGCUCUAUGGAUUCCUUUAUCACCUUUGAUGUGGCUUCUGUAUCGUCAACUUUCUACUGCCAAUAGCCCAGCAAAGAAGCGGCGUCCAAACAAUCGAACCGUCACCUUUGAUGAUGUGGACGGUGUUGAUGCUGCUAAGACAGAGCUUGUUGAGAUAGUCUCAUGCCUUCAAGGAGCUAUAAGAUACCAAAAAUUGGGGGCAAAGCUGCCAAGAGGAGUUUUGCUGGUUGGUCCACCUGGAACAGGAAAGACAUUACUCGCUCGUGCAGUAGCAGGAGAAGCUGGAGUUCCGUUUUUCAGUGUCUCGGCCAGUGAAUUUGUCGAACUGUUUGUUGGGAGAGGAGCAGCACGCAUCAGGGAUCUCUUUAACGCUGCCAGAAAAUCUGCUCCCUCUAUCAUAUUCAUCGAUGAACUGGAUGCAGUUGGUGGGAGGCGUGGUCGUAGCUUCAACGAUGAACGAGAUCAAACACUAAAUCAGUUGCUUACAGAAAUGGAUGGAUUUGAGUCAGAGAUGAGAGUGGUGGUUGUGGCGGCCACCAACAGACCAGAAGCACUGGACCCUGCUCUAUGUCGCCCCGGGAGGUUCUCGAGAAAGGUGUUUGUAGGGGAACCUGAUGAAGAAGGGAGGAGAAAAAUAUUAGCCAUUCAUUUGAGGGACGUGCCUCUGGAAGAAGAUACAGAACUCAUAUGUGAUCUAGUUGCUUCUUUGACUCCAGGAUUAGUGGGUGCCGAUCUUGCUAACAUUGUUAAUGAGGCUGCUUUACUAGCUGCCAGGAGAGGUGGUGAGACCGUGGCGAGGGAGGACGUAAUGGAAGCCAUUGAAAGAGCAAAGUUUGGGAUCAAUGAUAAGAAACUGAGGCCUAGUUCAAUAAGCAAGGAAAUAGGGAAGCUGUUCCCAUGGGUGCCAACUUUGGUGGGGAAGAAACUCGAUGAUUUGCAAGGACCUCUAGGUUACCAGACAUUGAGCUAAGUAGUUUCUUUUUCAGAGCUCUUUCUGUGAUCUUGGUUUUGUAUUGGCCGCAAGAGACAGAGAGAGAGUGCCUAUGCUCGAAAUAGGUGACCACACUGUUGGAGACAGUAUCCCACCAUAACUACACUGGCUGCUGCAGCUGGUACUGUGAUCUUGGCAUUACUAGUAAAUUUUAAGUAGUUUCCGAUUCCUUAAUAUGAAUGUACAUAUAUGGUGGCUUCUUUCGAGGCCUCUUGCUUUCUUUACUUGGGACCUUCCUUCUCAGUCUUCAACUUUCCUUUACUUUUUGUCCAAUUUUUCAACUUGGCGUGUUUCUGUCAAGGAUAUCUCUGCCCCCAUCUGUACACUCGGAUUGUGGUGCAUGACAGGUUUGUUCCUUCGGAGAGACUGUAACGACUUCGUUAUUUGAGUGACUCACCCAUCCCCAUCCUCCUCUUCAGUAACAGCUGCUCGAGACUAUGUGACUUGAGCACAUAGCAUCUGUCGUCUCUAGUUUCCCUGGUCACUGUUUCCGGGGAGCAAUUCCCUUGAGGUGAUCCAGAGUGCUGAAUAUUACAGUGCGUCUUAUGGCGCGCAACACUUGCAGAAGGUGACAGAGGAGAGAGGAACCCGUAAAAGACCCAGUAAGUCACUGAAAAGGAGUUGAGCCACUUUUAUGGCGGGAACAAUGGAGUUUCCAUGCCGGGAUUGUGUCCUAAUGGUGGCAACCCUCGACGUGUGUCUUCUUGUAAGUUGUAGCAACAGAAUUGGGCCAUUGGUCAAAGGAUAUAACAAUGUGAUGCAUUUAUGCUUGGUCAGUCAGCUCAUCAUUAAUUAUUAUUAUUAUUAUUAUGGAAAUUCGAAUUAAUUUCUCUUUAGGGUUAUUAUUAUUAUUAUUAAUUGUUUCUUGUUGAAGAAGUUAUUGUUUAGGAGUUGGUUAGUAUUAGUUUACCGUGUUUGAGAAGAAAAGGAUUUACGAGAU